CUGCAGUUUUAAAAGGCAAGACUGCUGUCAGCCGAGGACGAGAGCGCUGAGAGAGACGGCUGGAAGUAGUUGAAGGAGGAGGAGACCGGGUGCCUAUUACCGCUCAUUGAUUUCAGGAGUUUUCUGUCGUCAUUGACGUGUGGCUGAUUUGGAAACGCGUUGAGGCUUAUAUUUUUUAAUUUACUUGAGCACCAUUUUUUAGAAAUUCGUGUGAAAGGAGAACAAAUACCAGCACUUCUCCAAAGACAAAAAUAUUUUAGUUUGACACCGGGGAAAGGGGAAAAUUCAAUCCAACGACCAAAGAUACCAUUGCACAAUUGCAGACUUGAUUCCAAAGACAUGAAUUCCGUCCCUCAAUGACCGGACGCUGAGCGAUCACCCACAACACCACAUCUCAGAUUUAUAGUUCUCGUGGAGUACUUCUGUUUUUUUUUUUUUUUUUCGUUUGACUCCAUAAAUAUGUUUUUUAGUUUUUGCACUUUGGUGACAUUUGUGUUGGGACUGACCCGGUGUCAGGGCUCCUACGUGCCCUGCGAACCGUGCGACCAGAAAGCGCUCUCCAUGUGCCCACCGGUGCCCGUCGGUUGUCAGCUGGUGAAGGAGCCGGGUUGCGGCUGCUGCUUGACCUGUGCGCUGUCCGAGGGUCAGCCGUGCGGGGUCUAUACUGGCCCGUGCAGUCAAGGGCUCCGUUGCUUGCCGCGGAGCGGCGAGGAAAAGCCUCUUCACGCACUCCUCCAUGGCAAAGGCGUGUGCAUGAACGAGAAAGUAUACAAACCGCUUCAUCCUGCAAAGGAGCGGGAGUCUCAGGAAGAAGCCCGUGUUACCGAGGUAACAGAGACGCUGCUUCCGCAAGCCAAAGUGCCACUGUUUCCACGGGACCACAUCAACAGCAAGAAGGCCGUGGCCAUGCGCAAGGACCGCAAGAGGCAGCAGGCCAAAUUGCGCACCGUGAUCUAUGUAGACCACCCACCGCUCGCCUUAGACAAACACCAACCAGAAUUUGGUCCUUGCAGGAGAAAGCUAGACGGCAUCAUUCAGCGGAUGAAGGACACGUCCAGAGUCAUGGCGCUCUCUCUCUAUCUGCCCAACUGUGACAAGAGGGGCUUCUUCAAACGCAAGCAGUGUAAGCCAUCCCGUGGCCGCAAACGGGGCAUCUGUUGGUGUGUGGACAAGUAUGGCGUGCAGAUGCCAGGGACGGACUACAGCGGAGGGGACAUUCAGUGCCGAGACCUGGAGAGCAGCAGCAGCAACAACAACGAGUGAGGCAGUUUUGGGGGGGACUUCCUGUCACAUGACCCCCAAGAUGGCAACACAACCACCAAUCAUGGCUCAUCAUUAACAUGCAGAAGCCUUUUUUAAGAAUAUUAGACCGACUGGCCAGAAUUUGAUUGUCUGCUUAGAGUUUCUUUUUUUUUUUGUGUUCAGUCCUGAGAAUAUAUUAACACACAGUAAUUUUGCUGUGUUUUGAACAUGCCUAUUCCAAUGGUGAGACAUAUUUAAGGCCACCUAAAUCAUGUCCACCACCAGCCACACUGAAUAUUGGUGCCAGAAGUGAGCAGAAUUGUUUUAUUGGCCUGAUUUUGAGUGACUUUUAUGUAUGUCUUUGUCUAAGCACUUAAACAUGACUUUUUCCAGGUUCAUUUCCUCCUACAUUGUAUCAGAUUUGUUUAAAUGUUCAGUUCAAGUACCCAUUAAAUAGUGAAUCUCUAUCAGAUCUCUAACAGCAAAAAGCUUCUGGCAACCAAUUGCCUUUGACAAGAAAAGGUUUAGUCAGUUGACUAGCCUUUGUAAGCUAGCUUUUGUAAAAUGCUACAGCUUCAGCUUUAAAAACGUACUGUUUUGUAUUUGAUGUUAUUGACUAUGGAAGCUACAGUAUAUCAGACCACUAUCUUUGGAGUAUCAGCUCUUGAGUACUGCCAGACACUUUGGGAAAUAGUUCUCUUUUAUCUUCCCAUUUGAUUUCUUCCUGGUUGAACUAUAGACUCUUUGCUUGAUCAUUUGUAGCGAAAACUUCUUAGGGCUCUUAAUUCAACGAAUACUGGUGCUUUCAAAAAUCACAAUAUGAUCCUGAACCUGUAAGCUUUGACUUGUGCAAAUACAGACAAAAACCCCUCUCCCCUUCCACCCUAUGUUGAACUGAAGAGGGCCUAUCAUUUGAAUACAAGAUGGCUGGCUUUUACCCACACUCUGGCUUCCUAUGUAAAUCUCAGUGCCUUUUUUCCAUGACAUGAGAUAUUUCAAUACUGAUUUACAUUUGAGCUGCAGAUGUAGACCUACUCACUGAACAUCAUCACACCCGGCUACUGGGAAAGAGUUCUUGGUAGUGUUAUUAAGGUCCCAUAUUCCUUUAGUUCACAGGACAAACUAAUGGCAAGAUCAUGUUUUCUUGAUGCUUUAGAUAUGACAGCGGCCAAGAGGGGUUUUUUGCGCUUUGAAACUUGGUUCCUCGGGUCAAAUGGCUAUAUGCAAACGCUGAUGCUGUUAUUUAUGGCUCCAAAUAUCAUGCAUAGUAGGGAAUGCAUAAGGUGGCCUUGGGUGUUAAUGACUUCCCUUGAAUAAUGAAGACUGUGUGGUAGCAAGCAAACAAUCGCAGUUGCCAUCAAACCCCAGCAGUCAUAACCUUAUUGGUAACCUCAUUACAAAGAGUACUCUCACAACACACAGUCAUACUGCUUGGGAAUCCCUCCAAAGCUCUCUCUGCUGACGCUGAAUCAUGUUGGUGAAACCGACGACUCCACUUUAUGUGAAGGAAGUGUGGACACACCUCAGUCUUUGAGGUAUUGUCAUGUCAAAAUGGCAGCCGUUCUCUGGUGGUGGUAAUGGUGCUUUUGUGGCCCGUAGUUAAUCUUGACCAUUUCCACUGGUAAAUAAGCAGUAGCCUACAAUAGUUUGGAUAAGCAGCUAAUGGCUCAAGUUUCUUCCAAGAAGUCCGUAGAGUACCUUCCUAGUAUUGGUAUUUGUUCUCUUAGAAUUUCUUCUGAGCCUUCACCUUAACCAACUUGCAGUACAGAUUUUGCACAUGUUUUUAUCAGUAGCUGUGUUCUCUGGGCACUGACCCUGUGACCUUGGUAUUGGUCACACCAUGCUAAGAUAACAAAUAAGCAGUUUAAACCAGAGACUCAUGGCUCAUAAAGGGGUUUGUUGACUCAGGCAGUGCCCCCCACCCCCAUACACACACACACACACUGACCCCCACUCCCCUGGUCAGUUGGGCUGCAAUAAUUCACCACUCCCACUCAUCAACCCACAUUUGCUAGCGCUUAGUUACAGAGCUAUUCUGGACCGCAGCGGUGGUAGACGCCAUGCAAACGAUGCAAAUUCGGCAGGUGAGAGAGAUGGGGAGAGGAGGAAGCGCAUAAAGGAACGUGACCCGUUCAUCUGACACCUCAAUCAACAAAUCUAAGUUAAAAUGACAAAUGGCAUCUUGGAAAGAGAGCGAGCCAACACUGCCAGCUAAGGACUGGGACUUAGCCAAUGUCCCCCGGUCCCUUUAUUUUUGGUAUGGUCAGUGGGAGGGAAGCGUAUGAUCCAGACACGAGUAAUGUCACAUUUGCCAAAUUCACCUAGUCGAUUGAGAGGAGAGGAUCAGAGGAGCGAGAUGGUACCUAGUCUCAUGGCCCGAUAUGUUUCAGUCUCACCACUGUUUAUGUAGCAAGUUAUUAGGGAUUAUGGUUUAUGACACAAAUGAUGUUUUAUAUGAGAAGUAGAAAAUUGGAUGAACAGUUCCCAUGUGAAAAUAGAACUUUAUAUGUCUUUCACUCCUCAUGUGUUCAUUUGCAAAGAUGAAAGUCUUUUCCUGGCCUGCAGUGGGAAGGAAAGAAUGUUUCAGCCACCCCACUUCAUCUACCCAUUUUCUGAAAGAAAAAAAAAUAAUCAUGCACAAGUCUUCCUGUUAAAAAAGGACAAAAAUGAUAUCGCCAAUAUCACUGUGUAAUAUUUAUUCACCUUGUAAUUUAUGUACUCUAUCUUUGUCUUUUUUUGUAAUGACAAAGCAUUUAUUUAAAUAAAAUGAUGUAUUCAUUUA